CAUGAUUUGUUUAUUAAAAAAAUCAAAAAUAAUAAACUCGUUAUUUAGGAUACUUUUCACGCAAUAGAUUACGGUAAGUCGGGUUUCCAGUUCAACUUUUGCGAUCCCUAUUCUUUGCAACACCAAACAGAAGCUUUUCUUAACCAUCGUAUUCAUAAAAAAGCCUUUCCUAGGCUCCACAGGAUUCCUCUCACGUUAUUACUCUAUUUAUCUAAAAAGAAAAUGGCUACAGACUGUCCUCCUACCAUUGCCCUAAGAAAGACAGAGAAACUUAGCAAAGACAAGUCACUCAACUUUUUAGAAGGAUACGUCGGAAAGAUUGAGCAAUUCCAAGAUGAGAAGUCUGGAAGCGAAAGUGUUUUAUCUCAAUUGAACCGCGUUUUGAUGUAUUUGAGAGGUGAAGAUGUUCCACUCCUUGUUAACAAUCCAGUUGACGAGACCCCAUCAACCAAAGAAUUGGGCGAAGAAACAGUCAACAAGCCAGAAGAAAAGACUUCAAAGAAGCAUGGCCGUGAAGAGGAUAUGUCUUUGUCUAAAGAGGAGCGGAAGCGUUUAAAGAAAGAGCAGAAAAAGUCUGCAAGAAGAGAAAAAGAAGAAUCUCGUAAAGCAGGCCAGGAAAAAGAAACCGAAAAGGAUGAAGGAAACGAAGAUAGUCAGUGAUUUUUCUUUUAUUUAAAUUGUUAGGAUUCUACUGCUGCUGGUAAACAUUCCUACUUACAAAAUACAUAAUCUCUGUGGUUUUUUGGGGAUGCUGCUUAUAUUUUUGGUUCAAGGUUAGAAGAAAAUAGGGAUUCUUAUUCAUCAUUUCAUUUCAUACAUAUCAAUAGCUAAAUAAAAAAUGUAGUCUGGUAAUUACUCAACGUCAAUG